AUGGCGGAGGAGGGCCACCCGUCCCGCUACGUCAAGCUCACCAAGGACCAGGACGCCCCCGGCGAGGACAUCCGCCCCGGCGAGCUCAACCAGCCCGUCCACGUCCCCCAGCUCGAGGGCCGGAGGUGCGGCGAGUGCGGCCAGGUCCUCCCGGAGAGCUACGAGCCGCCCGCCGACGAGCCGUGGUCCACCGGGAUCUUCGGGUGCACCGACGACCCCGAGAGCUGCGAGUCAACGACGCUGCUUUGA